AUGGCUACUGCUGUUGCUGGCCCCUUGGGCGAAAAGGGCCGAUGGAACAACCUGUACAAGGUCCUAUCUAAGCCCGGCCCUUUCAGUGAUGAGGACUGGGUGCCAGGACAAGCGACGAUCGAUGCUCUAGAGGCAUCUAAAAUUCUGGUGAUCGGAGCUGGUGGACUUGGCUGUGAAAUUCUGAAAAAUCUCGCGCUUUCGGGGUUCAAAGAUAUCCAUGUUAUUGAUAUGGAUACUAUUGAUAUCUCAAAUCUCAACCGACAAUUCUUGUUUCGACAGAGUGAUAUCGGGAAGCCGAAAGCAGAAGUUGCUGCUGCCUUUGUGGAGAAGCGAGUAAAAGGAGUCAAAAUUACGCCUUAUGUUGGCAAGAUCCAGGAUAAAGAUGAGGAUUAUUACAUGCAAUUUAAAAUCGUCAUAUGUGGUCUUGACAGUAUUGAGGCUCGCCGCUGGAUCAAUUCUACCCUGAUCGCGAUGGUUGACUUCGAAAACCCUGAGAGCCUUAAACCUCUAAUCGAUGGUGGAACCGAAGGAUUUAAGGGACAAGCCCGUGUAAUAUUACCAACUCUUUCCUCAUGCAUUGAGUGCCAGCUUGAUAUGCAUGCCCCUCGACCUGCAGUGCCUCUCUGUACCAUUGCCACCAUCCCUCGUCAGCCCCAGCACUGCAUCGAAUGGGCGCAUCAAAUUGCCUGGCAGGAAAAGCGAAAAGAUGAUACCUUUGACAGCGAUGAUAUGGAGCACAUCUCCUGGGUGUAUAACGAAGCGCUGCAACGAGCCCAGCAUUUUCAUAUCCAUGGCGUCACCUUCCAGAUGACCCAGGGGGUAGUGAAGAACAUUAUUCCCGCCAUUGCAUCGACCAAUGCUGUGAUUGCAGCAUCCACAACAUCCGAGGUGCUGAAAAUCGCAACCUCGUGCAACCCAUACCUUGAUAACUACAUGAUGUAUGCUGGCGAAGAGGGUGUUUACACCUACACUUUUGAGGCAGAGAAGAAGGCCGAUUGCCCUGUGUGUGGUAACCUUGCUCGUAAGAUGGAUGUGGAUGCAAGCAUGACAUUGGGUGAAUUUAUUGAAAGCCUUGGCGAAAAGGCUGAAGCUCAAUUGAAGAAGCCCAGUCUUCGCACAGAGGAAAAGACCCUUUACCAGCGUUUCCCGCCCCAGUUGGAGGAACACACAAGGCCGAAUCUACGACUGAAGCUGAAUGAACUUGUGGAGGACGGUCAGGAAGUUGCGGUCAGUGAUCCAGCUUACACGAUCGAUUUCCGGUAUCGACUUCACUUUAAAUAA